AUGGCAGCCCAGCAGUACUACGGCGGCGGCCAGCAGCCGUACGGCAUGCCGCAGCAGGGCGGCUACUACCCGCCGCAGCAGGGCUACGGCCCCGGCGGGCCUGCCAUGGGCAUGGGCGGCGGCGGCUACGGCGGCGGCAUGCAGCAGCCCGGCGGCGGCUACGGCUAUCCGCAGCAGGGCUACCCGCAGCAGCAGCCGAUGGUCGUGCAGCAGCAGAAAGGGCGCAUGCUGGCCGCUUGA